GACUUUUUCUACCUCAGAAAUAUUUCCAAACUCUGUCCUACUCUCACCCUCCCUGAUGCCGAGAGGCUUGUCCACGCCUUCGUCUCCUCCAGUCUGGACUGCUGCAAUGCACUUUAUGUUGGGGUCCCCAGCACAGCUAUGCAAAAGCUGCAUCACAUUCAGAAAAGUGCUGCUUGGACCCUGAUGAGAGUGCAGAAAUAUGGGCAUAUCACCCCCAUCCUCCACUCACUACACUGGCUCCCCGUUUCCGCUCAGAUCGAAUUUAAGUUCUGCCUCCUCACCUUCCAAAGCAUCCAUGGCAAUGUCCCCCCUCGAUACCAAUACUAAAGAUGUUGCUAGAUAUUAUAUGGAUACUUUAAAGGGGGGAAAAUGUAUUUAUUUUUUUAUCAGUCAGAACACCACAAAAAUAACAACACAAUCCAAACAAUAGAACAACAAUGUAUUAAUAAAUAUAAGACAAGGCAUUAAUGUAAAAUAAAUGCAUUAUUUUAAAAUAUUAGUUUGUACAGAGAUACCAUCUCAAACAAUGUUCUCAGACUGUUUGCUCACUGUGGUGAAAAAGAAAAAAAAAAUUCAACCACUAAUUAAGUGUACUUAUUUACACAAGUGCUUUAAGGCCGUUUCUCAAUAUGCGUACUUGUCUGUACUUCUGUUCUUGUGUAAGUCAUUAGUUAAGAGCCUAGUACUGCUGCAAUUUAAAGAACAUAUUCAGGCAAGUACGCUACAAAUUCCUGUAUGUGUACUUGCCACACUCAUUUAUCGAGGAUGCAUCAGAGGUGACUUGUGUGGACUUCAAGCAGCCUACUUUCCCAGAAUGCACAGCGGCACAAACAGAAAGGUGGCGGAGGAAAAAGCUCAUAACUGACGACUGCAUGGCUAAAUCAACAUGAAAUAUGCAGGCAGCUCUGCAGGAGCAGAGAUUUAGGCUGCUAGCCUGGCUCGGAAGCAAUUGCCUGAAAACUGGGGCAGCCAGCAUCUUCAUCGAGAUCCUCCCCUCCAACAUCAUCACCUGCCUCCUCCUCUUCCUCCGCUAGUGCAUCAAAGAUGUCACCUGCUGCCACACAGACAUGCAACAGGCUCCUACAACUACACCUCCAGUGGUGGAAGGAAAAUGGAUUGUCAGUGUGUCUUAAGCCAAAGAUGAAACUGAUCAUUUGCUGCAGCACCUUGCUGCUGCUCCUCAUCCUUCCCAGAGCCAGUCAAGGUGGAAACAUCUUGGUUUUUCCAACCGAAGGCAGCCACUGGAUAAACAUGGACAUUCUGCUUAAAGCAUUGCACUCCAGAGGACACAAUAUAACAAUUGUGCGCUCCAGCAAAAGCUGGUACAUCAAGGCUAACUCUUCUUAUUAUCAUAGCUACACUGUUCCUGUUGAGAGAGCCACAGAUGAGAAGUUCAUGCAAAGAAUAAUAUCUGAGGGCAUGCAGUUUGUACGAGGGACUAUUUCCUUGACAAGUUUUCUUCAGUCAGGUCUUGACAUAUUAGGUAUUAUUGCUGAUGUUAACAGUAUUGUGAGUGAACUUGUCUCAGCCAUCCUGGAUGACAAAGAAUUGAUAAGAACUUUGAAUGAGAGUAAGUUUGACCUGGUGCUCACUGACCCCUGCUGGGGUGGUGGAGUUAUUUUGGCCAAAUAUUUGAACCUUCCUUUGGUCUAUAAUGCUCGCUGGCUAAUUGUAGAAGAGGCUCAUUUUGCUAUUGCUCCUUCACCCAUAUCCUAUAUUCCUAUAACAGGAUCUGGCAGCACAGAUAAGAUGACAUUUUCCCAGAGAGUGAAAAACAUGAUUUUCUAUCUAAUUUCCCAACUACAAAACAAUGUGGUGGCUAAACAUGCAUACCAGCAAGUUUGUGACAAAUAUCUUGGUCCUGGUCAUGACUUUGAUCAGAUAAAGAUUGAUGCAGAUAUUUGGUUGAUGAGAGUGGACUUUGUGUUUGACUUUCCACGCCCCACCAUGCCUAAUGUUGUGUACGUGGGAGGCUUCCAGUGUAAACCUGCAAACCCACUUCCUGAACAUCUGGAGGAGUUUGUGCAGAGUUCUGGAGAUCAUGGAUUCAUCAUCAUGUCUCUGGGAACUUUUGUGAAUGAAAUUCCUGAUGACCUGGCAAAUUACAUUGCUGCAGCUUUUGCUGAAUUACCCCAGAAAGUCAUCUGGAAGUAUAAAGGCAGCAGACCAACCACUCUGGGGAACAACACUUUACUUGUUGACUGGAUGCCACAGAAUGACCUGUUAGGACAUCCUAAGAUAAAACUGUUUGUGGCUCAUGGAGGAACAAAUGGAGUCCAAGAGGCCAUGUAUCACGGAGUCCCAGUUGUGGGUCUGCCCUUGUUUUUUGACCAAUAUGAUAAUCUGCUCCGUCUGCAGAUAAGAGGAGGAGCUAAGAUCCUCUCGGUAGCUGCAAUGGACAAAGAUGACAAUUUCUUGAAGGCCAUCAAAGAAGUCCUGAACGAGCCGUCCUACAGCAUGAACAUGCAGAGACUCUCCAGGCUGCACAGAGAUCAGCCAAUGACGCCCAUGGAUAACGCCCUCUUCUGGAUAGAGUUUGUCAUGAGACACAAAGGUGCAGCUCACCUGAAAGCUCAGUCCUACAAAAUGCCCUGGUAUUCCUACCACUCUGUAGAUGUAUUUCUGUUCCUGACUGGAGCUGUGCUGCUCAUGCUUCUAACAUCUGUCAUCUUUAUAAGGUGUUUGUGCAGAGCAGUCUGUAAAAAGAAGGUAAAACGAGACUAAUGAUAUAGUCUUUGUUCAUGUACAUAAUUACACUUUGCCAUUUCAUGCAACAUUUUUUUUUAUUUUAUUGUGGAAUAAUUCAUCUGUAUUUUUUCUUUUUUUCUCUCAUGAUUGCUUGAUUUGAUAAGUGAAGAUAUAAUUAUAUUAGUUUAUUUGUUAAGAUUAUGCUGAAUCUACCAGACUGAAUGUCAUGGCAAAAAUAUCUUUUCUAAAAACUUUUAUCUUUUGUCAAAGUUGCUUAAUACUUCAUUGACCUUAGUCAAGGAUGUGCAACCUCAGCAUUUUUGUAUUAACAUUUUUAGAGUUGUAAGAAUUGAGAGGAUGUCAACACACUAGAGUAUAAAUAAAACACAAGAAUCUAAUUAAUUGUAAAUAUUUAUACUUUAACCUGCCAUUUAUACUAACCUUCCUUGGGGGCUAGAGCCCAGGAACUACCAGGCAAGAGGCAGAGAGGUCAAGCGAGGUCGCCAGUCCAUCAGGUCAACAAAAAAGAGAGACAGACAACCACUUACAAUCUCUUCUGGGUGGAAAUUACAGUGACAGUGACAUGCAUGUCUUUUGACUGUGGGAGAAACCCUGCUCAAACCAGGAACCUUCUUGCAGUGAGGCAUUAGUGCUAACCAGUACAACACCAUGCAGCCAUACAUGGGCAUUUUGCUGUUAAAUACACUUUGAAGUCUUUUUGUUUGAGAUUCGGUAUAUUUAGUUUUGUAAAGUGUGGCAAAUGUAAUGAAACAUUGACACAGUUAAUAUGUUCUGACACUGA